CCUCAGACACCACCUCAUAUGAGCACCGACCCAGUGAAGCAAGAGCCACCACGGCCACAGCCGAGACGGGUGACUGAAGCAGCUGCUACAAAGAGGGAACUCAGUAAAAGACAGGAAAAGCAAGGUGCAGCAAAAGCCCCCUGCCCCUCCACCUCUCGCUCAAAGACAGGGUACAACAGCUCUGAUGCUGUGGCAAAGAAACCGGUUGAGCUGCAGGAGGGAAAAGAGGCUCUGGAAUCACAGCAAGCAGCGUUAACUCAGAAGACCAAUGAGCUGACCCUGCCCAUGCUAGAGGUCGCAGGACAUGCAGGUCCAGCACUGGUGUUCCGCCCCUGGACAAAUGAGGUCAUGAAGGUGUACAUGCAGCAGCUACCGGACAUUGUGGAAGGUGGGGAAAAGUUCUGCGCUGCCAUUAAAAGUUUCUGCAUGGAGGUACAACCCACUUUCCCUGAACUGAGAAGACUGCUACUCUUUCACAUGGGCCGAACCAACUUUGACAAGAUUAAAGGCGACCUGGUGGGUGAAUACCGUGUCAUACAUCCGACCUUUGAUGACGCAGCAAACAACGACUACCGAGCUGCAUUGGACAAGCUGUGUGUCACCAUCAACCGAGUUUUUCCAAGAAAGGUUGUCAUGUCAAAAGUGAAGGCCUGUGUGCAGCAAAAUGCUGAAUCAACGGAGGACUAUUACUCUUGGCUGCUAGCUGUCCAUAAUGAGUACUCUGCAGUUGACGAGCCGUCAGACCUGGGUGACGUGAUGGGGCAUUGGGAGAGCGCUUUCAGACAAUAUUUCCUGAACGGGCUGUUACCGGAAGUCUUCGCAGUGUUGGACACCUGUCUCGACAUGAAAAACGCUCGCUUGGAGAAACUGCGCAAACAUGCCAGAUGCGCGUAUGAGAAGCUGGAGGAUGAAAGAGAGGCUGAAGAUAAGCUGAUAUCUGAGGCCCACAGGCAAACACAGCUCACACUGGCCCAGACUGUGACAAAACCAGCUGCUCGUUUCCCUCGCGGUCGAGGGAGAGGCUGUAGUAACUGGAAGCGUCAGCAGCCGGCAAAGAGACCUCCUCCAAAUUCCUAUUGUUACAUUUGUGGAGAUGCGAACCACUGGGUUAAAGAUUGCCCGAAGCGGAUCAUCAAAGGGGUGACGGAUGCCCGCAGCUGACUAAGUAUGGAACAGGGCCGGACGGAGCCUCCGGGGGGGGGGGACGCCAGAAGCACAGCCAGUCCAGGCUGACAGCAGGCUUUCUGCACCUUCUGAGAUAAUUGAAAACACACACACACACACACCAGCUGAUGAGAACAUACACACACACACGCAUGUUGGUUUCUGCUGAAGUCAACACAGGGGCCUCUGAAACACCUGCACACACACACAGUGUCAAGAGGGCCUGGAAUCCAGGAUGCUCACAAUUCUGGAAUCAAACGCAGGGAGUUUUCACCCCUACAAAAGCAAGACCUGGACAGGAAAAGGAGACAUCGGAAGAAGAACGAGGAUCGAGAGGCAAAGAGGUUGAGGAGGCAGGAAGAGAAUGUAAUGAAUUAAAGUAAUCAAUUUAAUGCUUACAAAAAAUGUAUGUAACCUAAGCAAUGAUGAUUCUUGACUGUGAUUUUUUAAUUGAUAUAUUAUGAUUCUUAUGAUUUGUGAUCUAUGAUUUUUAUGUUUUAAAAGAAAGAUGGUGAUUAGAGCAGAUAUAAAUUUAAAGAAAGGUUAAAGUAUACUCUGUAAAGUCAGUUUGCAUGUGUGUGUGGCAGUUCUUGUGAAGAAAGAACCAGGCGUUUCCCUAAAGCAAACAUACAGUAUGAACCUUGUGUAAGGCUGAGCGCUGCUUCCUCUUUCUAACUGUCAGAGAGCGCACACUUCCCCUUUCUAAACGGCCAGAGUGUCUCACUUCCCCAAUUUAACAAAUAGAAGUUGAACUUUGUGCAGCAAAAUGCUUCUCUGAGAUGUUGACACAACGAGGUGUGGACAUGGAUACCAUAUAAAAAAGUACCUAGCAACCCCGAAAAGAGGAAGUCAAGCAAAGUUGCAACAUUCUGGCAAGUACCAGGGAAAAACACAUGACACAUGGUCACACCAGAAAGGUGGGAGGCAAGCACACAGAGGAAGGAUAAAAGGCCGAGCUGAUCCACAGCAAAGGGUCUUCGUGUCAUCGGCUGGAGGAAGAACAGCGAAGAAGCAGCAGGACUCCAGAGCAGCAGAGCAGCAACCGGAUCUGAAGAUCAGUUCUCAUCUGGGCAGAAGCUGACCAACUCUCCUCCGACGAGUCUAAAAAGACCGAAGACCAGAAUUGGACCAAGCCCAGCUCUGAGAGAGAUCUUUUAAGACAACAUUCGGACCUCAUAGGGGUAAAUAACUGACUGCUCUAAAUUUGUCCUGCCUUCUCUGAAAUUAACAGAAUAUGUCACACUUCUUAAUCAGGAAGAUAGUUCAGCUAUUUAGAGUGCUUUAUUUUCAUCACCAUCAAUUAUUAAUCAAUCAAUUACCAAUCGAUAUAUUUAAUCUGUAUAAUCAAAUGUGGCAAUUCUUGCAAAUUCUAUUAAACUGCUUACAAGCAUCAUAAAGACAAA